GUUCCUCCCGGUUCCAGGAUGGCGGUCACGGUGAAAGCCUACCUGCUGGGUAAAGAUGAGGCAGUGAAGGAGAUCCGCAGGUUCGCGGUGGAUCAGGAUGUUUCCUCCAGCUUUGAAUAUCUGAGCAAGAAAACUUCAUCAGUGUUCAGCAACCUGCAGACCUGCACCCUGUUCUACAGAGAUGAAGAUGGAGACCUGGUGGCCUUCUCCUCUGAUGACGAGCUGAUGAUGGGUCUGGCUUGUAUGAAAGACGACACGUUCCGUCUCUUCAUCAAAGAGAGGAAGGAGCACCGUCGGGACUUCCCUCUUCACGCCUUUCCCCCCUUCUCCUUCGCCCCUCCUCCCCCUGGAGCUCCUCAUGCCCCGCCCCCUCACAUGGCCCCGCCCCCUCACCUAGCCCCGCCCCCCGCCGUCCAUCCCAACGUGACGUGUGACGGCUGCGACGGCGCCGUGGUGGGAACCCGCUUCAAGUGUUCGGUGUGUCCCGACUACGACCUGUGCUCCUCCUGCCAGGCCAAGGGGACGCACACCGAGCACGCGCUGCUGCCCAUCUGGCACCCGCUGCAGCAGUGGUUCCCUCGGGGGAAAUGGAUGAAGAGGAUGAGACACUGCAUGUGGAACCAGAACCAGGCUCCGAACCAGAACCAGAACCAGGACCAGGCUCAGAACCAGGACCAGGACCAGGAGCGGCCCCCUGCUGCCUCCCAGGCCAACGUGGACUUCCUGAAGAACAUCGGCGAGGGUGUGGCGGCCAUGUUGAGCCCGCUGGGUAUCGACGUGGACAUCGAUGUGGAGCACGAGGGUCAGAGAACCAAGGUGACCCCCCCACCUCAGAGCGAGGGGUCCGAGGGUUCCAUGGAAACGGGAGGAGCCACUCGGGAGGGCGGGGUCAAGUGCGAAGGCGGGGCCAAUCAUGAGGGCGGGGCCAAGGGCGAGGGCGGGGCCAACUGUGGGGGCGGGGCCAAUGAGGGGGCAAAGGUGAGCAGAGACUCUGAUGAGGAGUGGACUCACCUGAGCUCUAAAGAGGUCGACCCGUCUACAGGAGAGUUGCAGUCCCUGCAGAACCAGGACCGGGACCUGAGCCAGGACCGGGACCUGAGCCAGGACCGGGACCUGAGCCAGGACCGGGACCUGAACCAGGACCAGGGUCCUCCAGACCAGCAGGGUCCUUCAGGCCUCAGAGAGGCGGCUCUGUAUCCUCACCUGCCUCAAGAGGCAGACCCCCAGCUGGUGGAGUCCCUGUCCCACAUGUUGUCGAUGGGCUUCUCAGAUGAAGGCGGUUGGCUGACUCGACUCCUUCAGGCCAAAAACUUCGACAUCUGCGCCGCGCUCGACGCCAUCCAGUACGCCAAGCAGCCCCGCCCACACCAACCCUGAUGAUGUCACCAGCCCUGAUGAUGUCACCAGCCCUGAUGACGUCACCAGCCCUGAUGACGUCAUUGCUGACGAGGAGGCGGGGCUUAUCAUAACCAUCAAUAAUCAUUUAUACUGAUCCUAUUAACUCUUUGUUCUGUAAGUCUCUGAUCAAUAAGCUCAUUUCUGAUGUUUUAUCAACGUUAACGAUUUCCAGUCAAUAAAAACAUGAAGCUCAA